AUGAACGGCAACCCUGAGGUAGUAUUUAUUUUUUUCUCAUCUUUCUUUUCUCACUCUCAAAUCAUUCCUCUAAUCAAAUUUUUUAUAUUUUUUCAGGUCCGCUUCGCCUUCAAGCUCAAGUCCAGCAAUAACGAGCACUACCGAGUCAACCCCGUCUUCGGAUUCGUGGAGCCCGGCGCCGCUGCCCAAGUCGAAGUGAUCCGCCAGAACGGCCCGCCAAAAGGUGAUGACAAGCUCGAGAUCUGCUUCGCUGGGGCUCCUCCAGAUGCUGGGGACGCCAAGGCCAUCUUCCCUCCUGGAUCUUCUGGCGAGUUCAAGGUCGACGUUCCUAUGGCUGCUGCAUGAGUAUGGCUGCGGGACGAUGGAUAUAGAUGAACACACAGAAAAGAAGGAUGAUAUAGGACCACCCAAAAUAUAUAAUCAUAAAUUGUGUAUAUUUCUUCCCUAUAUAAUGUACCAAUAAUAUUGUAUUGUUAUGUAUUUGUUGUAAAUAAAAUUGUUUUUCUGAAUUUGUUUUUGUUUGAAUUUUUGAUUUAGCUAGGAAGUGAGAAAAAAGAUUAGUGUUUUUUUGUUUGUUCUUUUCUUUCAAAUGUUUUAAUAAUUUGGUUCGAACUUGUUCAAUUUGGUGUUUUUCGAUGAAACUUUCAAUUUUGUGUAACGUCUCGCAAUUUU